GGUGCGAUGUAUAUCGGAGAGAUAUGCCGGUAUCUAUUGGCACAGCCGGAGAAACCGGUGGACAGGCAGCACAACCUGAGGAUUAUGUUUGGCAAUGGAUUACGAAAGAAGAUUUGGACGGACUUUAAGACCCGAUUUAAUUUGAGACAAAUCGGAGAGUUUUACGGCUCUACUGAAGGCAAUGCAAAUGUUGCCAAUAUAUCGAAUCGGGAGGGCGCCUGUGGUUUCGUUCCCUGUUGUAUCCCAUGGUUGUGUCGACUCGUAUACCCAGUGGUAGUCAUGAAAGUGGAUGAGAAGACUGGGGAACCCAUACGCGAUGAGAAGGGCCUCUGUAUUCCCGUAAAGCCGGGAGAAAUUGGCGAAAUAGUGGGCAAAAUUAAUGAGUCCGACCCCGCCCGGGCUUAUCCCGGGUAUCAUAACGUCGAGGCCACUAAGAAAAAGGUGGUCUGCGAUGUGCUCACCACCGGAGAUAAGGCUUUCCUCUCAGGAGAUCUCAUGGAAAUGGAUGAGUUAGGCUUCUUGUACUUCAGAGAUAGGACCGGAGAUACCUUCAGAUGGAAAGGCGAGAAUGUGUCGACCACUGAAAUCGAGGCCAUAAUCCAGAAAGUGAUUCGUCUGAACGAUUGCGUGAUCUUCGGCGUCAGUGUUGAACAGUGCGAGGGAAAGGCCGGUAUGGCUGUCCUCAGUCGACCACCCAAUGGC